GGGCUGGGGCCGACAACACGGGCUUGCGGAUGGUGCAGCCGUGGCUCAGCAUGGCCGUGGCGCGGUGCUGGGGCUGGUUCUUGCCGCCCGCGGCUGACGCUUGGGACGGGCCCUGGGUUGCACCCAGGAAGUUGUGCACGCAAGUGAGCAGCUGACAGUGACGGCGGCACGUUGGGGACACCGCGGGAGGGAGUGGGGUCAUGGCACGCUGGCCCCUGCCGUGCCCACCACCGUACCCGCUGGCAGCACGUGAGCCCCUCGCUGCCCGUGGUGGCUGCCCACCCCGCGCCCCGGUGCCGGCGCGGAGGAUGCCCGUCGAGGCGCUGCAAGCCGGCGACGCCAUGAAGGGGGUGACGGUGACGGCGCCCUUCACCUCAGCCAUGCCCAUCCGCAUCCUCCGCAAGGGCCCCGCGUAUUUCCGCCGGCACGCCGAACCCGGUGCCGGGAAGCCCAGCGCGGUGGAGAGGCUGGAGGCCGACAAGGCCAAGUACGUGAAGAGCCAGCGGGUCGUCAGCACCAAGCAGGAGCCGGUGAAGCCGCCGCUACUCAAGCAACCCCUCUUCACCCCGGGGGUGCGCCGGGCUGCGCUCACCCCCAGCCGCAGGGCACCCCCGGGGCCGCGCCGCGCAGAGGCUGGCGGCCCGAAGACCUCCCUCGACCUGGAGAUCCUCAACAACCUCAUCAACCUCUGCGACAGCCCCUUCCCCAAGGCGGAGAGCCCGCUGGGCCGGGAAUGCAAGUGGAGGGCGGAGGCGCCGGCGGCGCCAGGCGGCGGGACGGAGGGUGCCGGCAAGCUGCUGGAGAGCCCCGCUGCCGCCAAGCCCCCCGGCAGCGUGGCCGUGCGGAGGGUGGACGUCCGUCCCUGUGGGGCUCCACGGAGCCAGGUGACGCCGGUGCCUGCAUCCCCCGUCCCGGGUGGGCUGCCUGUGGCCCCGGCACGGAGCUCGCCCGCCCGCCCGGAGAGCGCCCGCCGGCAGCCCCUGCUGCACCGCUCCAAGUCGGACCUGAGCGACCGGCUCUCACGGGCCACCGCCGACCUGGAGCGCUUCUUCAACUACUGCGGCCUCGACCCCGAGGAGGUACAGGACAUGGGCGCCGAGCGCUUCGCCCGCGCCAGCUCCGACAUCGUGUCCCUCAAGUUUCACAGCGUGAGCACGGCCAGCUCGGAAGGCGACUGCUCGCCGCCCAGCGCUGCCACGCCGGAGGGGCGGCCGGCCGAGCGCGUCCCCUACGGCAUCUCCGUCAUCGAGCGCAAUGCCCGCGUCAUCAAGUGGCUGUACGGGCUGCGCCAGGCCAGGGAGCCCCAGCAGGUCUCCGACGUGUAGCAGUGCCGCGGUGGUGGUGGGCGCUGGGGACGGAUUGCUUGCAAAUGGGCAAUGCCGGACAGGGAGGGAGCGCAGGAGAUGCCCCGGGAGGAGCAGGGACCUCUCAGUGGUGACAGGACCCUCAAACUCAGACCCCGCCUUGCUUCCCUGACCCCUGUGCCACAGCGGCACUGGCAGAGCUCCGGUGGGGUGACCGGGCAUCCUUCCCGCCGGCUCUGGCUCUGUCAGACUCCUGCGCCGGCACUGGAGAGCCAGGUCCCUGUGAGCCCGUGGGAGGGCAGAGGACACAUGUGCCCCCGCGUCCGUGGCCAGUCCCCAACACCCUCCCCUCAUCUGUUCCCGUGGGACCCUGUGUGCAGUCAGCCUUCCUGCGCUGCUGGAAGCUCCUGCCUGUCCUGCUCCUCACCAGCACCCAUGGGUGGGGGGUAAGGGGCCGAUUCCCCCCCUGCGCAGAGCAGGGACACAGCCCUGGGGAAGGAGCUGCCCCCCUGCAAGCCUCCACCGAGGGGGCCAUGCUGCCCGGGGUAUCCUGGUGGUCCCCAUCUUAAUGCUGAAGGUCUGGGAGAAGCUGGGUGCUUCGCGGGGGUGGGGGCAAACCUGACCCCCCGCUUCGAGCAGCCCAGGGCUGCGUGUGUGUGCGAGUGUCUGCGAGCGCUUGUGUCCCCUCCUGGGUGCUAGCGGGUGCACAGCCCUGGGCACGGUGAGCCCUGGUAUUUAUGAAGACGACGGUUGUUGGUCUUUUCCUCAUUUCUACUGUUUUUCCUGAUGUUUGAUCUGUAAAUAGUAAUAACAACACAGCCGGUUUUAUUAAAUCUCUGUGCUUUGGA